AUGAAUCCUACCAGGUCCAGUUACGUCGAAUACGGUACAGGAAACAUGUUGAAUCUGGAUGCUGGUACAAUUAAACGUAAAAUUGACUCCAACGAAUAUGACGAUGAGAUAAAUCAGGAAGUUCAGCCAAAUGGAAAGCGAGCAUGCAGUACUCUGAACCAGGUCAAACAAUUCUCUCCAUUCGGGUCCACAUUUAGUCACCAGACUCUCCAUUCAACUUCCAAUGGACAAGCCUGGCCUCAACCUCACACAAGCAACCCACCAGCUUUUUCCAAUACUGCAACCUUCAACUCAAGUACAGCCACCCAUGCUGAUCCCUCAACUCAGUCGUCUGUGUUUAUUGCCCCCUCUUCUAUGGAUAUCGAUAUGGAAUUGACGCCUACCACUGCUCGUGAUUCUUCUUCUAUACUCCAGAACCCCAAUACAUUUCAUAACUCGGCAGCUUCUUCCUUGGUGAACCAAAAGUCCCAUCAUACCAACAAUAACUAUAACAAUUCUAGCAACACAAAUGGCAACACUCAAAACGAGUACGUUCCUGUGCAUGGACGCUCUAUGGAGAUUCCUUCAUAUACUCGUGCGCCAUUGAACGAGGUCCGUAAAUAUAGGGACCAGCGAUGGAGCUCUUGUAUUUACGGAACAGACAGUCGCAUUGGACAGGGCAUGAUGAUCUAA